AUGGAUAAGGGCAGGUCCUCCUUACACAAUGAACAAAAACAAAGAUUACUGCCAAUACUAGAAUAUUGGUACACUAAUAUGGUAUACUCUUUAGACUCCGCUUAUCAUGGACAUGAUAUGUAUUUGUCUGGCACAGCUGAAAUAGCUUUGGCUGGACUGUUGGCAAAUUCAGUUCAUUAUAUAGAAAAACUUCCUUUAAAAUUAGCUGCAGUAAGCAGGUGCUAUCGAGCAGAAACAUCCAAUGUAAAUGAGGAGAGAGGGACAUACAGAGUUCAUCAGUUCACAAAAGUUGAGAUGUUUGCAAUAACUACCACUGAACAAUCAGACGAUAUGUUGGAAUACAUAAGAAAUGUUCAAGAAGAGCUAUUUUCACCGCUGGGAAUUCAUAUGAGAGUUUUAGAUAUGCCACCCCAUGAAUUAGGUGCACCUGCCUAUCGAAAAUAUGAUAUUGAAGCCUGGAUGCCUGGACGCAAUUCUUAUGGAGAAAUAUCUAGCUGCAGCAACUGCACUGAUUACCAGUCCAGAAGACUUCAUAUUAAAUAUAAAGACUUCAAUAUUGAAAACUACGUCCACACACUGAAUGGAACAGCUUGUGCAAUUCCAAGGAUGUUAAUUGCAUUGCUUGAAACACAUCAAGAUCCAAGAGGGAAAAUUAAUAUUCCUCAAGUGUUGCAGCCGUUCAUGAAUGGAAAAAAAGAUAUUGUUAAAAAUACAAAAAUACCAAAAUUAAAAUUGAAAAAGUAA